AUGGAAACAUGUGGGGAAUCCCGGGAUUUCUGCCUAUUCAUGUCCGUGUGUCCUGGGGCCCCCUUAGGACCUCGUGGUCGUCGGGGAGUCCUACGGUGGCCACUUCGUGCCGGCCCUGUGCGCCGCCCUGCUCGACCGCCCCGGGCCCGGGCGGCACGCGCUGCGCGCGGCGGCCGUCGGCAACGGCUUCACAGACCCGCCCACGCAGGUGCUCACGAAGCCUCAGGAGGCGUUCGCAUUCGGCAUGAUCUCGGGCGGCAGCUGCUGCAGGCCACGAAGCUCGCCACGGAGGCGCACGACCUGGCGCUGGCAGGGUCGUACGUCGCGGCGGCGAAGAGCCGGGCCGCCAUGGAGGAGCUGGUGAUCAAUGCGUCUGGCCUGAAUCCACACGACGUGCGGACCACGGAGGGCUACGACCGGAUCAACGACCUCAUGCAGACUUUCUUCGACCUGAACGAAACGAAGGACAUGUUGCACAUCCCCAGAGAGAGCAAGUUCACCAGCUUCUCAAAGGAGGUCCAUGACGCUCUCAUGAGUGAUAUCAUGCGCUCGCAGCAACACAACGUUGAGAAGAUGUUGCUCGCUGGAAUCCGCGUGUUGCUCUACCAGGGGCAGUUUGAUUGGAAGGACGGUGUGGUCGCCAACGAGGCCUGGAUCCGCUCCAUGCAGUGGCCUGGGAUCGCUGGGUAUCUGCAAGCCGAGCGGAUGAUCUGGAGGCGCGCUGUGGACGGAAAUGUUGCAGGCUAUUGGCGGCGGUUCAAAAACCUCGAGCAGGUCGUCGUGCUAGGAGCGGGGCACAUGGUGCCCAUGAACCAGCCCCUGUCUGCACUGGACAUGAUCCAGCGCUUCGUUCGGCAGCGGCAGCCGGCGGAGAGACCUGCAGCGGCCGCCUCUCGCGGGACUGUCCUGGUGUGA